GCCCUCACCGCCCGCCGCUGGCCUCCUGCAAACAGGGGCUGCGGGGAGGCCCUGGCGCGAGCCAAGCUGGGAGUUUAGGUUUCAGUCCCUGCGGACGGACGGCUAGCCCUGCCUCCUCCCCUCUCACAUCUGCAGCUGGGAUUGCAAUUUGAAACACUGCCUGGGCUGGGCCAGGGCUCGGGGGUGGGAGGAAAGUACUUUGGGAAGCGAGAGGAAACCAUAAAGAAAGGCAGAAGUGCAGCCGGGGUGGGCUGUCGGAGGAGAAUGCGCCAAGGCCAGCAGUAGCCCUUCUUGGCAUGACCGUCUGCUGGGAGAAAGGGGGGAUCCGGAGACCGAGAGGAAAAUCCUUGUGUGGGGGCUGAGGGGAGCUCGGACGGUCUCUGGGCUGACAGGGAACAAGCUGAGCAUGGAGGAACUGCACAGCUGGAUCUAAAGGCAUCAGCGGCUCAGACAGGCGGGAUCAAAGCUUCUCUGUGCCGCACCUCAGAGCCAGGAAGGUAUGUGAAGAUGUCGACCUUCCUAGAUCCUGGGAUGCACACUCUCCAGAUAGGUACAAACGGUGAGAGCUCUCAGACGCCGUCCCCACCCAGUUCCCCAGGAAUGCACAACGAGAGCUGCAGCAUCGCGCCACUCACGCCCUCCCAGUCACCUAGGAACGAUGCCCGGGCGCAGCGACCCACUUCCUUCUCCGUGGUGGUGGCCAUUGACUUUGGCACGACCUCCAGCGGCUAUGCCUUCAGCUUCUCCAACGACCCCGAGGCCAUUCACAUGAUGAGGAAAUGGGAGGGGGGUGAUCCUGGAGUGGCCAAUCAGAAAACCCCCACCAGCCUCUUGCUGACUCCAGAGGGCGCCUUUCACAGUUUUGGAUACACAGCAAGGGAUUAUUACCACGAUCUCGAUCCGGAGGAAGCCCGGGAUUGGCUCUACUUUGAGAAGUUUAAGAUGAAGAUUCACAGCACCAGUGACCUCACCAUGAAAACCGAAUUAGAAGCCGUGAAUGGGAAGAAGGUCCAGGCGCUGGAGGUGUUUGCACAUGCCCUUCGCUUCUUCAAGCAGCACGCCGUGCAGGUAGUGCAGCUCCCCGGGGCGGGGGGAAGGCCUGGGAAUCAGCGGCAAAUACUGGGGAAUUUCCCAGUGGGGAUAAACCCCGGCAGAGCUGGCAUGGGCCAGGGAAAUCACCCUCCUGUGGAUUUGGCUGCAAGCUCCCAGGGGACAUGCCAGACAGAACUAAUCAAGAGAUCCGCUUUCCCUUCGCCUACCCCUGUAACCGCCUUGUGCCGACUCUGCCCCUUGCCUUCCCCUGCUCCACAGGCCGGCUUGGUUUCCCCCGCCAACCCGGAGCAGCUGUUGAUCGCACUGGAGCCGGAAGCAGCGUCCAUCUAUUGCAGGAAGCUCCGUCUUAAUCAGCUGAUUGACCUGAGCUGCAAACCUCUAGCCAAUGGCCUCGCCCCAGAGCUCUCCAUUGACUCCAGCUUCAGGCAGGCCAGAGAGCAGCUCCGGCGUUCCCGGCACAGCAGGACCUUCCUGGUGGAGUCGGGGGUAGGCGAGCUGUGGUCCGAAAUGCAGGCAGGGGACCGUUACAUCGUGGCUGACUGCGGCGGUGGGACGGUGGAUCUGACCGUCCACCAGAUUGAACAGCCGCAAGGGACGCUCAAAGAGCUCUACAAAGCCUCAGGUGGCCCCUAUGGGGCGGUGGGGGUGGACCUGGCCUUCGAGACGCUGCUGGGCCAGAUCUUCGGGGAGGAUUUCAUCGCCACCUUCAAGGCCAAGCGCCCGGCAGCCUGGGUGGACCUGACCAUCGCCUUCGAGGCCCGCAAGAGGGCGGCAGCGCCCUUCCGCUCCAACCCCCUCAACAUCUCGCUGCCCUUCUCCUUCAUCGACUUCUACCGCAGGCACCGGGGCCAGAACGUGGAGACGGCACUCAAGCGGAGCAGGCCCAACCCAGUCAGUAGCAGGGCCAGGUUCACCGUUUCACCCUCUUUUCCUUUCCCAGACGACCUCCUGAAGAAGCCAGACGUCAAAGGCAUCAAGUUCCUCUUCCUGGUAGGGGGCUUUGCAGAGUCAGCGAUGCUCCAGCACGCCGUCCAAUCGGCCUUCGGCAGCUUGUGUCGCGUCAUCAUCCCCCAGGACGUCGGGCUGACCAUCCUCAAAGGGGCGGUGCUCUUCGGCCUCGACCCCACCAUCGUCAGGGUCAGGCGCUCACCCCUGACCUAUGGCGUGGGGGUACUCAACAAAUUUGUGGAGGGGAAGCACCCCAAGGAGAAGCUGCUGGUGAAGGAGGGGAAGAACUGGUGCACGGACAUCUUUGAGAAGUUUGUCUCCGUGGACCAGUCGGUGGCCCUGGGCGAGGUGGUGCAGAGGAGCUACUGCCCGGCCAGGGUGGGGCAGCGGAAGAUCAUCAUCAACAUCUACUGCUGCGCCACGGACGACGUGGUCUACAUCACUGACCCGGGGGUGAGGAAGUGCGGCACCAUCAGCCUGGAGCUGGACGAGCUGGACGAGCCCAGCGGCCCCAAGAGCCGGCGGCGGGAGAUCCGGGCCAGCAUGCAGUUCGGGGACACGGAGCUCAAGGUGGCAGCUAUGGACGUCAGGACCUCCAAGACGGUCAGGGCUGCCAUCGACUUCCUGUCCAAUUGAGCCCCAAAGGAAGGGACAGCUCAGAGGCUGCAGGGGCGUGGGGCGUCUUCCACCACCAUCCGCCCCUCUCCCCUGACAGCACCUGCCUCGGUGCUCACGUCCAUGCGGGUUUCACACCACGAGACGCAGUCACUUUGCAUCCUCAGCAGCAGCGAUACUGGACUUGGAGGAGCUUUACGUUGCCAGGGAACAACGGUUCAUGGACUCACAAACCUAACCAAGCCACGGGGAACCCAUGGGCCUCACUGGGACCUUGGCAGCGGUCAGGGUUCCAGCCAUGCUUUUCAUGUCCCUGCCCCAGACACGCUCCAUCGGAGGAGUCCUGAAUUCACUUGGGGCAUUGCUGUGUCACAAGGCUACCCUCCGCCACAGCAGGGUGAUGCAGAACAUUUAUCCUACGGGGACACGCCAAGGCAGCGGUGACCCUAAGAACAUAACGGCCAGACCGGGUCAGACCACUGGUCCAUCUAGCCCAGUAUCCUGCCUUCCAAGGCCAGGUGCUUCAGAGGGAAUGAACAGAACAGGGAAUGGUCGAGUGAUCCAGCCCCUAACCAAGUUUCCAUGACCUCUACGCCAGUAGCUACUGCACGGGAGCUGGACAAUGUUGCCAGCAGCCUCCUUGAAUAGGGAGAAGGACCCUCUGCGUUCACAAGCCCUCUGCUCCUGUAGGAAGAAACGCUACAAGAGAAGGCCUCCUCCGGCCGCAAACCCUUCUUCCUCUCACGCAGAAACAGGAUUUGUUCUUGGCUUGUUUUAUUUUGGGGCAGUUCCCCCUGGCGCGUGAGGCUCAAGCCAGUCAGACUCAUGAUUCGGGACUCAAAGGCCUCUCAAGAGUGCUCCUUAGCAGGACCUUCAGCAGAACGCCAACCCCGCACCCAGGCACACGUGUGUGUCUCGGCCAAGUAAACGCAGAGACCAUCUGGCAGCAAACGCAGCCUGGUGGCCAGCAGGAGGCGACGUGAUAAACCGGCUCUUGUCUCCAUGAUGCAGGCACCGUUGCCUGGACGGUUUACUGGCGUGAAGUUAAGAGAGCUCCCCGGCUGAUGUUCUCCUGGUGACCUCUGUAUCCAGCGCAGCAAGUGGCACUCACUCCUCCAGGGACUGAAACCAGGGGGAGCGCUCUGCCCUGGCAGUUCUGUGGGGUCACGCUCAGUCCAGGAGUGCAUCCAGCUCACCUGCGCUCUGCCCUGGCAGUUCUGUACCCCGCUGGGGCUUGCCACCGGGCACAGAGCCGCAGGAUCGGAGCUGUGGUCCCAGCUUUGGAACUGUCUCCAGGAGGAACCCUUCAGUGCCAGACCCCCUAGGGGUCUCGUUCUUCCUCCAGGGUGAGCCAUGCUUCACCGCCUCCUUGGGAUGGACCUCCAGGCCUGCAGCAUCGCUUCUUCACCCCAUGAGCUCCGCUCUGCGAGUCCUACUGAGAUGGGCCCCCAGGGAGACAAGUAUGAUCUUAGGGAGCGAUGCAGGGGCACUCACAGAGCGUGGGGAUGCAGUGAGGUUUAUUAGGUGACUGGAACACAGCAGAUGUCCUGGAUUAGCGUAAGGAAAAGAAAGUUAUAGCCCACUCCAUCCUAGUCAGCUCAGAGCCCGGAGCCCUGUCCCUCUGACCUCGCCUUGUCCCAGUUCAGGCGGGCCACUACCCCCUGCACUCCUCCCACCCUUUGUUCCCCAGCUGGGCAAACACUGCCUGGCUUCCUGCCGAGGGGUGGGCCCUCCAUGGUCUUUGGUUGCUAGGUCUCAAAGUCCCGGGGACUGAAUUUGCCAUUGUCUUCUCAGAUACUCCAUUGAUUUGGGCUCUAAGGCCCCAGACAGCUAGGAGCCAUUCACAUCCAUGUCCUCUGCCAAGAGCAGACAGACCUGUUUCCCUCCCCGCAAACUAGGUAACAAUGCAGCAUACAGGGGAAACUGAGGCACGCUGGGGCUUCCUAAAAAUAUUACAAAAAUUCCCACUUCACCACAUCACCGGCCCCAGCUGACUAGCUUCGCUGGCUCGUUUGGCGCCUGGGAGCUGCCUUAGUUGGCUAAUGAAUAGUCUACUGGCCGGCUAGUCCCUACCCAGGAGUUAAAGGUCAGGAACCUCUUUCCUGGCCCCGCUCAGCCAAAGUGACCACAGACAGACUCCGUCAGGGGCAGAAGAAGGGGGAGUUGAUACCAGUUGAUCUGUAGAUUACUGGCAGGGCGUGUGCCUAGGGAGAAAACAAUGGUGACUGGUGACAACGGCUCCUUUCGAUAAGUAUAUGUAUUUUUUUGUAAGCCCAAAUUUUUAUUUUUAUAUAUCACAUGUAAACCUCCUCCCCCCCACCCCCAGGUGUAAGAACCAGGCACUAUGGCUGGAUCUGUGGCACUAGUGAGGCCUUUAUCCCGUAUUUCAGAUAAGUAUGCUAUGUGAUGGAAAUCAAAAUAAACGAUUAUACUCUUCUGCA